AUGUUGAUUAAAAAUGGGAUUAAUGAGACGCUUCAGCAUAAAAGUAAUCCAGAUCAAGAAGAAAUGGAAAUGAAUGAAGAAGUAGAACAAAAGGAAGUCAAAAUAGAAAACCCGUUGAUUCCUGAAGAACAAGCAAAAAUUCGGAAAAAUGGAAUUGACGAGACGUUUCGGCAUCGAAAUAAAAGUAAUCCAGAUCAAGAAGAAAUGGAAAAGAAUGAAGUAGAACAAAAGGAAGUCAAAAAAGAAACCCCGUUGUUUCCUGAAGAGCAAGCAAAAAUGCAAAAAAAUCGUUGGAACCGGACUAUAUUAGUUUUAACUGGUUGCAUGAUUUUAGCUUAUAUGUUUUUUCCCUCAAUGACUUCACAAUAUCCUUUCGAUGAACUUGUUAAUUCAACAACAAAAUUAGUUGAAGAUAUAAUUCAAGUAGAUUUACCAUCAUCUGGUUCUGUAAUGGAUGGAACAGUAUCAAGCCGUAGAUUUGCAAAUAUUGUUGAAGAUAGUCCGGCAUUCAAACAAACAGGUCCAUCCAUAGCAAGACUACUUCGAAAAUUUUCCGACAAAAUAAUGGAUGCAGGAAUAGCAUUAGAAGAUAUGUAUCGUAAAGGUGACAUGUUAUUUUGGGUACUUAACAGUGAAAUUUCUGAGAUGAUGACAAAACUGAAUCCAAGCUUAUUUGAUAGCUUUUUUGAUAAGGAAGAUGAAGCAUUUUUUAAAAGUCGUAUACAAGAGUUGAUUAAUAGUAUUGAGGAAUUUAGAAAUAAAGUUACCGAUGCAAGAAAAGCUAUUAAAGAUGCUGAAGAAUACAGAGGUCCUGCUGAAAAAAAGGUUCGACAAGGUAUUACUGAGGCUAUGAAAUUUAUUCAUCGUGGUCCUAGCAUUCAUGAGUAUAGGCUCAAGUUGAAUGAGGAAGAAUAUUAUCUGGAAAAAAUUGAUGAUAAAUCUAUUGAUGUGUCGAAUGCAAGAGAUGAAUUAAAACAUGCAGAAAAUGUGUUAAAAGUUUUAGAGAAAAGUCAUGAAGCUUUGGAUUUAAUUAAUAAGAUUUUAUUGAGUUAUAGAAAUAAAUUAUAUGAUGUUGAAGCUCAGUUGGAUAAAACAAAGAAAAGUAAAGUAACUAAAAAGGACUUGGUGAAAUUAGAGAAAUUAGUUGAUAUAUUAAAAGAUAGUCAACAAAAAUUCAUUGGUAAAGACACGUUAGGUGAUAAAGAUAGCACAAAGAUUUAUGCAUAA